AUGACAGCAUCCAGAAAGGGGGAAGCUGAAAGGGACCGCAGCAUUGCCCAAUCGCAGGCCGUCCAAUUACACCAAAGGCGGACCGGGAGAGGGGGUGGGGCCUGGCUCACCCGUCCCGACCGCAUCUUGAGCGCCUCUCGAGAGCCUCCAGAGAUAAGCAAUAAGCUCGCAAAGGCUGUAUCCGUCAAGACAAGGCGUGAACCUAGUGUCGGACUCUCUUGCUUGGCCCGCCACGGCAUUGUUACCUCGGGUAGACAGCGCGUCAUCCUGUUGAGGGGAAAACCUGGGGAAUAG